GGGGCUGCCUCGGCUGUGCCCGGGGCACGGCAGUGACUGGGGCAGUGCGCAGGGGGCGGGGGGAGCUCCCCCGGGAGGGCAGCGGGGAUUGAGCCGGGGAUGGGGGAGCUGCCGGGGAAGGGGUGUUGGAGGGCUCCGAGGGGCUCCCGGUGCGACCCCAGUGACGCUCCCGCAUCCUCGGGCGGGAAGGGCAGGCGGCUGUGGAGCCCCCGCAGCAGCGAUGGAGCCCCGCUGCCCGCCCUGGCUGCAGAGCUUUGCCCGGCCGUGCCGCCUCCUGCUCCACGCGCUGGCCUCCGGCCCCGCCGGGGCACUCGCCGCCCUCCGGAUGCUGCAGCGGGACCAGCCCCGCGAGGGACCGGGACAGGCGUUCCCCUGGCAGGCCCUCACCGCAGCCCUGUGCGCCGAGGAGCCCGUGCUGGAGGAGCCACAGGGCGUCCUGGCUGUCAAGCCACGGCUGCUGCUGCUGCCUAUCAUGUGCCAGAGAAACUUCUUCUCCCUGCUCCUCGUGAUGCGGGAUGCAGUACCAGGGGGCUGCCUUGGCCAGCUGCUCCAGGCCAUGGAACAGGAUUCCCAUGUGGAUCCCUGGAUGCGGACGCUGGGGGAUCUGCUCCGGCAGGGACCAAGAACAGAAGAGCGCUUCCCAUCUCCCACUCCACUCUCGUCUACAUGCCAGCAGCAGCUUAGGUGCCUGUGCCAGAAAAUUGCCCAGAACAAACCAGAGGGGCAAAGGAAAUUGAACUGGUGCUUUAGGAAACAGCCUGGUGCCACUGGAGAUGUGACUGACUCUGUGCCUCAAGGUGGAAAGCGCAAGAAAGUGUUGGAGGAGGGAGCGGAGUUGGUCAGUGACAGAGAGAGGAAGAGGUUGCUGCUGGAGGAGGUGGCGUUUGACCCUCUGGCACCCCAGGAAUGUGGGGAUGUGACAGGGAUAGAAGAGGAGGUGCCUGAGGAGCCUUCAGUGGAUACAUGUGCUGAGAGCACAGAUGGGACUGCUCCAGACAGCUGCCAGCAGGAUGCAGUUGGGGAGCUCAGGAAGAGUCCCGAAACAGAGCUGCCAGCAGAGGCCCAGUUCUUUCUCCAGAUGCAUGGACAGAAGCUGAAAAUGCUGCUGCUGCAGGAGUCCAGCCACUCCGAGCUGAGCAUCCCGCCUGAGCUGUGCAUCCUGAACAACUGCUCCCCCGGCCAGCUUGAAGGACUGUGCUCCUUCCUCCAGCUGUCUGUGUGCCCAGAGCCCUUCCUGGGGCGUUUCUGCAGGUGGCUGCUGGCUCUCACCCCUGACCUCAGCUACACCAGCGCGGCCAUCCUGGCAGAGCAGCUCUUCCUCAGGCGAGUCCUGUCCCUUACCCAGCCACCUUCCCGACACCUCAUGGCUGCCCUCGCUUCAUUUUGCUCCAAGUAUUCCCAGCCCUUCUGCCAUGUGCUGGUGGCUGCGGUCCUGCAGGAGCCAGGGGAAGGUGCUGAGCAGACCAAGCUGGUGUGUGAGCUUGUGGAGGAGUGCCUGGAGCCACACUGUGUGCAGCUGGUGCUAAGCCAAGUCUUGGAGAUGCCUUUGUCAGAGAAGCUCCUGCCGGUAGUGCAGGCCGUUCUGGUGCGGCAGGAGGUGCUGCCCCCGGAGCUCUUGGAUCUCCUGGUCCUGACGCUGUGUCGGCAGGCCUCAGCCUUUGCCACAUCGCUUGACUAUGCCAAGCUGGUGACGGCCAUGCUUACCAUGUACCAGAGCCAGGUCACCCCAACUCAUCGGAGCAGUCUGGCUGCUGCCCUGGAUCAGAGCAAUGCAGCUCUGAAGAAAUCACUGCAGGCUGUGCUGGAAGGGGCCAGAUGAGGUGACCACCAAAGGGAACUGCGAGGUGACAGGUUCCUUGCAUAGAGAACACUCAUUGCGCAGUGGCAGCUGCAGCCCACCCUGCACUGGGUUUCCCCCAAUGGGGUGGGACCCCACAGAUGGGGUCUGUGCCCCACAGAGUAUCCAAAGCCUCACGGUAGCAUCUGAUGUGAGGGUACUAUCACUGGGCAGCGCCAUCCCAGCCUCCCACAUCCCCGGAGCUCUUGUUUGAACAAUUAACGUGUUUCCAGGCGUUUCUGUAUGUGCUCUCCCUUCGGCCCGCCGCACUCAACAUGGCGGCCCCCGACCAGCCGCACUCAACAUGGCGGCCCCGACCAGCCACACUCAACAUGGCGGCCCCCGGCCAGCCGCACUCAACAUGGCGGCCCCCGACCAGCCGCACUCAACAUGGCGGCCUCGCCCCGCCCCUCCAAGGAUGCCGACCGGGUGGGGCUGUUGGGGCUGAGUUCGCAGAUUCUGAGUUAUUAAUGUCCAAAACACAUCGCUGAACGAGGACAGAUAUUGAUUUGAGGCUCUGUGAGGCUAAUAAUUCUGGACCUAAUUCACUAUCCUGGUUUUACAUUGUCACAUUCCAAGGCAGAAGCUCUGCACGUGUCAGCGUUCCUCUCCGAGAGCUGAGCUGGUUUCGGAGCAGUGUGGCGGUCUGCUGCACUGUGUAUCUGAUCGGCUGGGAUUUACAUAUUUCUGGGUUCAGGAGAGUGGGAUUUAGCUGAAGAGCUGGGAAACUUGAAUUUUCUGCUUUAAAUCCACAUUUUUUUCCUGUUUACUAGGGACCCUGCUGUGUGUGACACAUUUCUGGGGAUGAUGACACUUCCCGUUGCAGGAUGUUUAAUGAUACUCUAAUAAAAAGUGCUUCUAUAGUGUGACUGUG